AUCGCCUCAGGGCAGCUGGCACCUCCCCGGCUCCUCCAGCUUCGUGUGCCCUCAGGGGCGCUCCGCCUCCCCGCGGGGUGUAAGCGCUGAGGAACCCUCCGCAGCAGGACUAGGGCAGCAGGUGCAGGUCGGUCGGAAAUGGCGAGCAGCAAUGGCUGCUUUGAGGGUGCGGCGAUGCUCGCCUUCGACCCCGCACCUGAGAAGGUUUUGCCUCUCGAGGUUCUCAGACAGCCAAUUUCAAAGGAUCUCUCCGAGCCUGUGACUGCAAGGCUGAAUCCUCCCCCACCUUGUAUGAUGUACAGUGAACCAGGGAUGAUGACAAAUCCAGGACUUCUUCUUUUUAAAGGAGCCGACACCGCCACUUUUUCAGCCUUUCCUUCACAGAAUGACCUGGAUUUGAUUGAAAGAUACAAACAGGGAAUAAUAAACUCAGUAUCUGCCUUGCAUCUCUUUGCCAAAACACACCACCUGCAGCUUGAAUUGAAAGAAACGAGCGUGGCAGGCGAUGUCAUAAGGCCGUAUUUUGCCUUUUGUGCUGUGAUAAAUGGUGUUUCCUACAAGACUGGGCUGGGAAAGAACAAGAAGGAAUCUAAAUUAAAUGCAGCUAAACUGGCUCUUGCUGAGCUACUUAACUUGGAGAACACAGGGGCACAGUCUUUUGAAGAUUCAGCUUUUCCCUGUGUUCCUGCUGAGCCCCGACCUCCAGGAAACUCUGCUUGUGUUUCAAGGACUGGAGGAGAACAUACCUAUCAAAAACUCUCACAAAUGCUUGAGGACGUGUUUAACCGCCUGACUACCCAACACCCCGAGUACCAGAGCUGUGGCAGUUCCCUGGCUGCCUUCAUCAUUGAAAAGGGUGGGCAGCAUGAGGUGGUAGCUCUGGGGACAGGAGAAUGCAACUACAGCCGGCGCUUCGAGUCCUGUGGGAGGCUCUUGCACGACAGCCACGCCAUUGUCACUGCCAGGCGUUCCCUGCUCAGAUAUUUGUACAGGCAUCUUUUGCUGUUCUACAACAAAAAUCCAGCCAAGGCAGAGAGAUCCAUAUUUUGCACAGCACCAGGCUCGAAGCUGCUUACCUUAAAGCAAAAUAUAACUCUCUCUCUCUACAUGAACCAGCUUCCAAAAGGAACUGCUCAGUUAAAAUCAGAGGUGCAUCUCGGUCCCCAGUCUAUAUCCGCUUACGAAGCCAGCGAAGAACUGAGUCUGCAUGUUGCCCUGGAAGGCAGGAUUUACCUGGCUGUUUGCUGUCCCCCCAAGACUGUCAGAGUGAGCAGCAUGUCAGCUGGUGACAAGCUGACCAAGUGGGAGGUGGUUGGUCUUCAGGGAGCCUUGCUGAGCCACUUCAUCGAACCCGUGUACAUCAGCAACAUUCUCGUGGGAAAUGGAAGUUGUAAGGAUACAAAAGGACUGGACAUAACCAUAAAGCAGCGUCUUGAUGAUGAACUUACUUCAAAGCUUCCCGUGCAUUACCUGGUCAACAGAUCUCAUAUUUACUUGGUGAAAGCUGCGCUGCCAAUCCAAACAGAUUUGAACCAGUGGUCUCUUAGUUUGAAUUGGACAUUGUCAGAUGCAUCUCUGGAGGUUGUGGAUGGAUUAAGUGGGAAAACCACUGAAAGCUCCCCGUUCCGCAGCGGCACCUGCCUGGCCAGCCGCCUGUGCAAGGCCGCCAUGUUCAGCCGCUUCAGGAUGCUCGCCAGGGAAGCAGGACGGGCUGACCUGCUCCAGUGUGCAACAUACCACGAGGCAAAGGUGAAAUCUCAGUUGUACCAAGAAGCUAAAAGCUUGCUGCAGAGCUACUUAGAGCAGCACAGUUAUGGAUCGUGGAUUGUGAAGUCUCCGCAUAUUGAACAGUUCAGUGAUUGAUGGAGUUGAUGGAGGUGGAUUAAACGUCAAGUUGGUUUGAAUGAUCUGUUUCAGUAAAUAGAGUUCUGAGUAGUAAAAUGUUCAACUUUUAAGUUUGUAGUUACAGGAAGAAAACAAUUCCAGAACUGCUUCUUAUCAGUUUAAAUGCAGUUAUUAAACCACCUGUAAUAGUUCAGUCUUUUCCCAAAAUUGAUGUUUUCUCAUAGGUGGGAGUAUCCAACAGCUUUGUAAGUCUUUGUUCUGUUUUGCCCCCCAGUGCCACCUCAUUUCAUCUCACUGACCCUGACUCCUACAAAUCCCCACCCUGUGGAAUUAACAUGUUUUUUUCCUGAUCGUUUCAGGAUUUCUGUAUAUUGAUUUCUUCCUUUUUCCUCCCUUUCUCGUAACUUUGGAAAAGAAAAAAAAAAUCAGUAAAAGCUGGAUUUCUUUAAAAAAAAAAGACAUGUGAGCGUCUUUCAGGAAAAAACAAAUGUACAGUCUGUGCUUUAUCUGUAGGCAUUCAUCCUUUGCUGUGAGUUUUGUUUAGUGUCAGUCUGCCAACUGGCUUUUAGUUCAUGUUGUUUGUGAUAGAAUUGUUAAAUAAUAAUUUUUGUACUUCCAAAUGUGGAACCUGGAAGGACCAGCUGUUACUCAACUGUUCUGUGACAAUUACUGGUUCUGGUAGUGGAUUUAAAGCAUUAUGCUGGUGUCAAAGCUGUAGUUCAGAAAAUAAUUAGUGUAGUACAGAAGUCUCCAGAAACAAGGUUUUUUCAGCUUUUGUGGUUUGCCUCAAACUCCAUCAGUGUUAAUGCUUAUGGAUGAGUUGGACUUCUGUGCUGAGUAUGACUUCAUCACUGCACUGCCAAGUCUUAGUGAAAUUGUCUGCAUACACAGUAACCUGGAAAACAGGGCCUGUCACAAGGGAAUUUACUUCCUUUUAAGUCCUGGUAAGAACAUGGUAGCAUUGGGAAGGUGUUAAGUGCCAUGUUUGGAGUUGGUGUGGUGUUGUGAACAGUGGUGUGUUCGAGCUGGACAGUACACCCGGAUUGUGUUUGUGAUUCCUGUAAAUCAUGUGAGUGGGGGGUUACACAGUGUUCUCAUACAUCAGGAAUAGUGAGCGUAGUGCAGUAGUCGUGUUUCACCUUCGUAGUGUUAGAGGAUUCUCAAAGAUGCUCCUCCUCCUGGUGUUUGUUUCUUUCCUUAAACUGUUCUUCCAGCUAAUACAUAGAAUCUUCUGUCGGGAUGAUCUUAUACUGAUUCACAAGUUGUUGAAACUCGCUGACUUGUAACUGCUUGGUCCUCGACCUUUUUUUUGGCUAAUGUGCUCCCUUGCUUUCUAGUACUGUCCCCUAACUUUGGGGGGUUGUGUGGUGGUUUUUGGUUUCUUGUGGCACAUGAUCCGCAGACUGCUUGUUCCAUGUAACAUUUUCUAAGAAUGCUUGGGAAUGGCCGUCGUAUUUGAGACUUGAGCACACUGUUGCUUUUUUGUAGGGGUGUUAAAAGUUCAAUAAAUGUUCUUGAGAAUGCAUUAGCUAUACCUUCAAACAUACAGAUGCUGGGAAGUGAUACACAUGUCAAAUCUUACAUACACAUAGCAUCCCAUACAUGUGUUUGCAUUCUGUACACUCCUGGAUUGUUUUUUUAUGGACUUAGUUUUCUGCUGAGAUAUUGGCACCAAGGUGUUUCCUGUAGUUGACCCAGAAGCCUUAAAUAUGUACAAACUGAACUUUUGUGUGCUUCAGCCAUUUUAUUAAUUGAACAGCAAACUGAAAUUUCCAUGGAACUUAGGUGGUGCCUUAGGAAGAGGGAUGUUUGUUAGUGAAAACAAUGUGUUUGGCUGGAAAUGAUCACUGUGUCCUUGAGCAAUAACUUGAUGACACCAGUGUAGGUCCAGUUCUUUUGUCUGGAUUGUUCUUUGAUUAAGCAGCAGCAUAUGCAGCAUGCACUAAGCUAGUAAAUGGAAGCAUGUUGCGUCCAGGUUUUUCCUUGGCUACUUCAGUAAUUCCAACACGUAUGAUCCUACAAGCUUGAGAGAGGCAAGAGUGCUGCAGUUCCAGUGCUGAGGCUGCAGCUGUAUUCCGGAGCAGGUGUGCAUCACGCAGUUGUGGCACAGAGCAGACCAGAGGCAGGUGAGUACCAGCAGCAGCAGCCUGUGGCAGAGCUCAGCCUCUCCCCUCCCUGCUUGAGAAGAGCUGAGGUCCAGAGGGAAGAAUGGAUGUACACAUGGAUAUGGAGUGGGGUGGUGUGUUGGGGGUGUGCUGUCCAAUUCAUGGAGCUCUACCUGACUCAGACAGCUGGAGUGACACACGGUGACCUUUAAGAAUGGUACUUCCCAAUUCCGUGCCCCCCACUGAGACUCCAAACCACAUGCUGCUCUCUCUGCUUCCCUGCUUCUCCCUUCACCUCCCUUCUGCAGUGGGAUGGGGCAGAAAGGCCAAGGCCAUGGAGUUAAGAACAAUUUACUGGAAACAGCGAUGGUUCUCAUGGGGGGGAAAAUAUCCAAAAUUGACGAUAGUGGACAGCUCCUUCCACCAUUUUCUGAACCAGAAGGAAAUCCUUCCUGGAAGAGGAUUCCUUUUCUCCAUCCCUGGUAAUGAUGUGAGGUGAUACAGAAUGACUUCUAUGUCUCGGCUGUGCCCUCUCUGGGAUGCUGCAGAAACUUAAUCCUAUCCUGGAGGGAACCAGAAGGCUCUUCAUCCUUCUUCCAUAGGAACACUGGUCUCAUUUCCAUAGUCAAUGGCUCUCCCUCUAAGAUGUCGGUUGAGUUAAUUUGGUCUGUCGCUGUGGGUUCUGCCUCUCCUAGAUAUACACACAAUACAUACAGUAUUACACAGUUCAGCAUUACAGACUGUUCUCACCCAGAAAUGAAUUCCCCCCUUCGCAUACAAAUUGUGUUUCCCCAUCUCUCUGCAUUACCUGCCACGUGCCCCUGGGUUUUGGGGCAAAAACAAUCACACAGCUGGUUUUGCCUCUGCUUGGGUCAGGGCUGAUCCACUGUAUAAAGUCAUGCAUCGUAUCAUGUCACACCAUGUCUCAAGACUCGUACAUUCACAUGUAUGUGUCACAUGCCACAUACGUGUGUGCCCCUAUCGUGUCACGUGCAUUUUGUGGCACAUGUCAAACAUCUUAUUUUGAUACUAGAGCUGUGCACUCAAGCAGGAGAAGGCAGGUCAAGAAAUCAAUUUUGAUAACUUUUUAGGGGUUCUGUGGCUUUUUUACAGCAUAGCGGGGGACGGUAUCUCUAGUCAAGUUCUCCUUGUUGCGCAUUUUCAAAUGCUUUUAACGAUAUCCUUGUUAGCUAAAGACAUGUUUUAAAGCUUGGGCAAAUAGAGAAGCUGAUCCUGCAGAUGCUGUUUAAGAAUGUGGACCUACCUAUAAUUAAAUGUAGAUUUGACUGGCAUAACCAUGUGUAGUGCAAGCACCUUCCUCACACCUCAGCUAGCUCUUUGUGUCAGCAGUCUUUCUACAAAUACUGAUUUGAAAAAGCAUCUUGAACUUUUUGCUUGAGGUGCUGUGUGAGGAUCAAGGCAGCCUGAAGAUGGUUUGAAAAUCCACAGCAGAUCAUGGCUAUUUUGCAAGUGUGAUGUUGUCAUCCCCAAAACUAGAGCCAGGACAGGCAAAGCCUCCUCUUUCCAUGUCUGUAAACCUGCAGCUGUCUCAGAAUAGCCCAACUCCAAGGUGCAGACCAAAUGCCACAAAAUGUACGUCGUUUCACACUUCUUGUAUUUGUGAAAUUGUUAGUGAGCUCUAGCUUCUGCCUUUCCUUAUAAAUACAUGGGUGAGUAUCUCUUUACCAUCCUUUUCUGCUUUCUGAAAUGCCUGUUCCUGCCUUACCAAAUGCUUACUGUUUAGGGAUUUAGGAAAUGUCUUGAUUAUUCCAUGUGGGAUGUCCAGCUGCACAGACUGACUGUUGGGUAGGUUUUACCCAGCUGCUGAAGCUGGGGGCUCUUGGGCUCAAGGAAAUAAUAAAGCCUUAUUUAUUAAGAGAAUUGUAUUAAAUGAAAGCUGCUCCUUCGCCCUCUGUGUGGUUGCUGAGAGCUGGGGCAGCACUGCUGCAACACUGCCCACAGACAAAUGUCCAAGCUGAUACUGAGAGAGGUAGGUUUGCGAAGGCCAUGUAUUGUGUGUGAUGCUGUUUCUUCCUACAUGCUGCUGCUUUCUACAUGCUGCAUGUAAGAAUUUUAUGGGUAAGAAGGAAUCUAUGUGAAGAGAAGGAUUUUUCAACAAAGAUUGCCAAGGUAGAAGGAAUUCUUAGGCAGAAGUUUCUUGCCUGUUUUCUCAUCUUCUGUGUACUACUGUAUUCAAGUAUUUUUGUUGUUACUGUCAUCUGAUUUGAGGAGAGGGUGGGGCUUAUCUGUUUGUGGCUGAGGUGUCUGACAGUGUUUACUUCCCUGAGUCCUUGUGGGUGGGGACAGAGCACUCCUUCACCGUGGGAAGAGAAGAUGAGUGGAGAAACAGGCGGCAGUGCUGAGUCCUAAAUCAUCUAUUGCAGCUUGAAGACAUGCCAGUUUCUCACAUUCCUGUUCCGAUCGUUUAGUCUUCUUAAGAGGUGCUCCAUAAGCUGCAGUCAUGAGAACUACUGCUGCAAUACAGCCACAGAUGAGGACUUUGCACAUCCUGUCAGUGUUAUCUGGAUGCCAAUAUUAGAGUUGGGAUGGAUGGUCUUCGAGAUCUUAGAAAAAAAGAAAGCCUGAGCAUUCUGUCAGAACUUUUCAGCAAGUUUGCAGCCAGACUUUCAGGGACACUGAGUGCUGUGAGCAGCGUGCAGAGAGCUGUGCAGAGGAAGCCAUUUCUGCUGGGGCUGGGCUGAUGCGUGGUUCUCAGGAAACCCCAGGAGGUGACACAGGACCUGUCGUGAGGCCCCAUCUGCUGGUGCCUCCUCCUCCAGCUGCUGCCUGUGGCCGUGCAUCAGGGACAGGGACAUCUCAUGGUGCUGGGGCACCUCUGGCACAGCAAGAAGUAGCAAGGACAGAGAAGCCAUGUGACAUUGCACAGGAGGAUUUGGUCUGCCUCCCUUUGGAGUGACUCCAAGUCCUUGCUUGCAUACCAACUCCUCAGCUUGCCCUGAGCACCACCACUGUGUAUGCUGCCGACCACUGGAUCAGCCACCAGCUGUGCUAUACUUCAGCCCCUGGAGCAGAGGGGAGGCUUUGGUGUCACGCUGCAUAGCUGAAGGGAAGGCUGAGGCAGAAGCCACGUCUGUGUUUCUCAGGGAGUACAAAUGCAGGUGCUUUCUUCAGCAGCAAAGCUAUUUAAAGAAAUUUUUACUUAAGGUCACUGCUACUCACUGUCACAGUUUGUCACAAUCUGAGGAGCCUGUUACCAGGGCCUUGGGUCAAUAUAGUGAAAUCCCUCUUGCAAAGGACUUGAGAGCUUGUUUGUUUAGCUUUGUUUUAAUUGCAAUCAUUCACUGUCAACCCUAUUUUCUCCUUAGCACACCUUACAAAUUUGCAAAUAGAAGUGAGUUGCCAGAAGCCUGGAACUCUCCUUCCACUGGCUUUACUAUUGAACACAACUGUGAUCUAUGCAACAACUGCCUCCUUAGCACAUGAGGCUGAGGGGGCCAGUGGCUCACGCUCAGCAGCAUUGUUCCAAGAGCAGCAAUUUGGUGCCAAUGCAGACAGCAUUUCAUGAUUCUGGCAGAAUUAUUUUAUGGAAGAGUGUUUAGGGGAAUCUUAACUCUGCACCCUUUCCUACAUUUUGGACUCUUGAAGGUAUGGUGGUGUUGUUCAGGCAGGAUUUGUUGUUACUUUUCAGGUAGUUAUAUCAAUAAAAGCCCUGAUGCAGAAGUAGCUAUACUAGUCUAAAAUUCUCUUAAAAGGGAAUACUCUUCUGUUUCUCAUACAUUAAUUGCUUUGUUAAUGAAAUGCACUUAGUUAUGACUUUUAACUUCAUAAAUAGAUUUGUUGUUUAAUUGUUUGCAGAGGUGGAAGAAUGCUGAGGUGACUAGCUCGUGCUAUCCUUAACAGAUAAGCUAGUAACAUUGUAAAAACAGUCUUUCUUGUUUUUUUUUUUCCAGAUGUCUGUCUUUGUCUGUAAGUAGCUGUAUCUAAGCAGGGAUGUGUGUGCCUGUGCCUGCAGAUGUAUCUGUUAUGUGCACACACAACAGAUUUGAGAAGCUAUAUAGCAGAGUUGUUUGCAUAAUGAGUUUCAUUUCUCUUCACAGGUCAGCACCUUAAGCGAACCUUGGAAAAACUAUUGUGUGAGCUGUCAGCACACCAAGGCAGCAGCACCCGUCGGGUAGAACUUGUCUUGGAUAAAAAGCUGAAUGCUGUGGUUUCACUGACUUGUCGUUGAAACCUUGUGGUUUCUGUGUAGGAGGCUGUAUAGGCUGGACACAUUCGACAUCCUUGUUUCUGAGCUGUGAAAUCUGUACAUCUAAUUUAUGAAAAUUAUCUCUGGUUCAAUUUUAUUCUUUUUGUUUUAAUGAAGUCAACAUAUUUUCCUUGCAUUCAGUAGAAACGGUAAUGGAAAUGUUUUAAGAUGCAUUGUGAGCAUUUUUGACCUCAAAAAGCGAGACAAGUCAAGAUAUUCUUGGUUAUGAUUAGGGUCUAGGAAGGAAAUUUUAAAUUAAAUACAGAGAGCCAGAUGUGAGAGGAAAGCAUUUUCUCAAGUGUGGAGACAAAUAGAGUAAGUAACUGUGAGAAAUGACAGAAGAAUUAUAAAAUAAAAAAUCUUCCACCUGAGAAUUUGAUUAAAAAAACCCUAAACAGCUUAGUAAGAUAAUUUAGAAUAAACUAUGGUACUGGUACCACUUAAGGUAACCAGCAAUAUCUCUAGUCUGGAAAGGUGGUCUAAAUAAAUACAUUUUUUAAAUCCAAGUAUAAAGAAUCUAAAAGUAGGACAGAGAGGGAGCUGCAGCAGAAGCGGUAGCAAUCACAACAAAACAUAAUGGGACAGUUGAUCAGUUGAGCGUUUUUCCUUCUGUAGUUGAGUUCCACACUGCAAUCAGUGAAUUGAUUCUCAGGAUGACAGAAUCAUCACUUAACUGAAGCCAGGAGAGCCACGGAUUCACCUGUAUGAGCCUUUACUCCUUCCCUCACUCUCCUCCCUUCUGCUCUGGUGAGUGCCUCCCAUCCUCUAACUCCCCAGAAAGCUGAGCUGCAGCAAUACAGGACACCUGAACCUCUAAUAUUGGCAAAUCCCAUUCCCUUUACUGUUGGCAGCAGUGACUGCCCAAACUUUAAAUUUUCACCAACAACAGUUUUGCCUCUGCCAGGCAAGUUCCCAGAAACUUGUACACCAUUCCCUCUAAGUGAACCUAUUGGAAUGAGUUAAAAAUGAGCAAAGACCUCUGGACAGAAAACAAAGGAGAAGAAAAAGAACAUUCAGGUUAAUAAAACAAAGUUCCUUGCUGAAAUGUAAGUGAAAUUACUAUUUGUGUGAAAGAAAAACUACUCAGUGUGUUUGUGGGAGUACCAAAAUCUGUCUGAAAACAUUAGUCAAAGCAUUCUUUGUGAAUAAAGAUUGAAAGUGUGAUCACCCACUUAGCUAUUUCAGAGGGAUGACUGCAAGAUUCAUCUUAAUAAUUUUCAGUAAUUUCCAUAUGAAAACAUCAAUAGAAGACCACAGAUUUUAAUUCCUCAUUACUAUCUUAUUGGUCCAUCCUGGAGACUUGUUCCUUCUCAAGGAAAAAAAUUAGAAGUGUUACUCUAACAUUGUAUCUUUGACUGGAAAAUUCAGGUGUCUUGUCCUGCUUGUGUUUUCUUUUCAUAAAUCUGAGACAGUAAAUAUGAUGUCUGCAUCUGUCAAUGAAUAUACAAGAAAAUAGUAUAACUGGUCUCUAAAAGUUCUCUUCUGGUCAAGAACACUUUUCUUGCCUGUUACGAGCUUCUUGCAGACUUUACAAUUGAUACCUGUUCCUUGAGCAGGACAGUCCUGUUUCUCUGAGCUAUCUCAUGGGAAACCAAAAGGCAAACAAGGAGGCACUGAAGAUCCUAGCCCAGAAAAAUGGUGGCUUUUGAAAAUCACAUUUUCCCCCUUAUCACUGCAAUAUAUGCAGAUAGGCAGAUAACCAAGGAUUAGCUUUCUUCUGAAGCACCCAGAUUUUACCCAGAAGCAAUAGGAUUCAUCAUUCCUUCCCAUAUAGCUCAGUUUCCACUCCUGGAUCCUCCUCUUCUGACUAUGAUAAAGAUUACACAACUACUUUGUUAUUCAACCCAUGGAAAAACCCUGUCAAUGCCUCUUCUACUUAGUAGCUAAGUGUCCCAGGAUAGUUGCAUCUCUUAAAUCUCCCCUUCUGCAGGUUUGAACCCCUAUGUUUAGGGCACAGCUGAAAAGUCAGAAGAGAUGCUGAUGGCACUCCAAAGGCUGCAAAAUGCUUGUACUUGAUACUGCUGCACAAAGAGCAAAAAUGUGAAGGGAAGUGGAAACAUUUGACCUGAGAACAGGAAAACUCACGAGAAUCUCAGAAACGGCCUGAAGAAAAAAGGAGACAAAAAUGUAAUUUCCAAAACAAUACCCAGAGAUCAAAGGAGGCUGAUGCGCUUUCAAACACUGUUUGUGCUGGAUCUGCAGGGAGAGGUUAAAGAACGGUGCUGUGGAAAAUGCAGAGUGUGGCAGAGAAGCAACAGACCCUAAAGAUAUUUUUUUUGUCCCUUUUCCUUGCCAUUGCCCUCUCCAUGACUGAUUUGGCCACACUGAGAGAAAUGUCACCGUUCACUUCAAAUUGUCUUUAAAUUGAGCAGAGAUGAAACAGUUAUGCCCUCUGAUACAAUCAUAUGCCAUGGAAGCUCUCCUUACUCAUUAUCUAAACUGCAUUGUUUUCUCCUUUAUUGCUAGACCUCGUUCAGUGCACAGACUUUCCCUCUCAGCUCUGUUCAUCAUAUCCUGAUUGAUUUUAUUAAGUUUGGCCUAUUUAUGUCAAAGCUAAUAAAUAACUUGAAAUAUUAGAAUGUUCUGUGCCAACGCUUUCAAGGAUAAUUUCAGUUUUCCAUUAAUUAUAUUUAAUUAUGAAGUUUUAUUUGAAAUAAUCUUAAAAGCUGGGAAAUAAACCUUUCUUCAUUGUUCAAAGCAGAAUGUCCAGCCUGCAGUGAACUUUUUUUUCUUGCUCAUCUCAAUAGUUGCAGUGUGUUUUAUGCCACUUCAUAUGGUUUCUGUCAAAUUAAAAAGAUGCUCUCCCUUGUUUAGGUGAUCAGUCUAACAUUUAUAGUCAUUCUCUGUGCUUUCUUAGAUCUUUAUGAUUCAGUAUACAUGCUCUGAAAAAUUUUUGUUUUUCACAGGUGACAAACAGUGCCAGGUUUAUAUACAGUGAGUACCAGUAUGGCAGAAAAUGGUAGGGCAAAGAAAAAGGACAAUCAAUCCUUGUCCUUCCUGCUUGAUGCAGGAGAGUGAAGUGAUCUGAUAUAAAAAAAGAAGGUCAGUAAACCAGUGUGCUAAAGUAGAAAUACCCAGGCACUUCAAGGCAGUUCAUAAGGGACAGGGAUAAUGGAGGUUAAUGGUAAAAGAACUUCUGCCUUAAUAAUUUUUGUCUGCUUCCAACAGGGCCGGGACAAUUUUCCUUAACUUACCAGGCUAGGGAAUGUGGAUUUGCCAGCUGUUUGGACAGGUAGUAGUUUCCUUUUUCUCUGACAAAAAGAUAAGCAGUGAAACUUUUGGAAUUCAAACUGUCUUUAUAUUUACACUGCUACUUGAUGUUUAAAGAAAGAAAGUGUCAAUGUUUUUAUUAAGGCUGAGAGGAUGGUCA